AUGAUCCGCGCAGAGGGCAUUAUCAAGAACUUCAACACGAUAGAGGACUUCAAGCAGGCAGACAAGGCUGCUAUGAUGCAUACGGCGGCCCGCCAGAUCUGGGAUGCGAUCAAAGACGGAAGCAUCUAUGAAGUUCCCUCCCUUCUCUCCUCCUUCAACAUCAUUUCGUUUGCCGAUCUCAAAAAGUACCGCUUUACCUACUGGUUCGCAUUCCCAGCCCUCCACUCCGACCCGCAGUGGAAGCGAACCGGCGCGGUCAGCCAGCUCGGGAAGAAGGAGACUCUCCAGCUCGUGGACAAGGUCGGCACAUGGCGCUAUGCGACGGACGGUCGGCAGCACGGUUUCUUCCUCGCCAAGCGGGUGCCGAUUGGCAACUCCGGUAGCGGUGGCGGUGAUGCUGGUGAUCGUGAGAGCGAGCGCAGAGGCGAGAGCGGAGACGGCGAAGAUGGCGGUGGCAGCGUCCGCUCGCGCGAUUCUGCGACAUUCUUGGGCCCAGACGAGAUCGAGCUUGGGUUUCGGUGGGAGAUUGGGUCCCUGCGGGACGGUGAAACGGGCUUCUUUAGCGACGUUCCUGAAAACGACCAGUACAUCGCGUUUGUCGACCCAUCAACGUACCCCGAAAACCCGUCUUGGCCGCUGCGCAACCUGCUCGUCCUGGUUCGACAGCGGUACCAUCUGCGUAAGGCGCAGAUCCUUUGCUACCGCGACACACAGGCGCGGCGCGACGAACCGCGCAGCAUCGUCCUGCCGGUGGAGCUCGAUGGCAAUAUUGAGCAGAUGCAGACGUCGGAGAUGCCCAAGGUGACUGGCUGGGAGCGAAAUGCGAACGGCAAGCUGCAGGCCCGCUUGGCGAACCUGGCCGACUAUAUGGAUCCCGCGCGGCUCGCUGACCAGGCCGUCGAUCUGAACCUCAAGCUGAUGAAGUGGCGCAUCUCACCCAAUCUGGACCUCGACAGCAUGAAGAAUAUGUCGUGCCUGCUUCUCGGUGCAGGCACACUAGGUAGCUAUGUAUCGCGCAACCUGAUGGGCUGGGGCGUGCGGCGCAUCACAUUUGUCGACUACGGCUCCGUCUCGUUUUCGAAUCCCGUGCGCCAGCCCCUCUUUGAAUUCAAGGACUGUCUUCAGGGUGGCGCACCCAAAGCAACCCGCGCGGCCGCUGCACUCGAGUCGAUCUAUCCCGGUGUCGAGGCCGAGGGCCAUGUUCUCUCGGUCCCAAUGCUUGGCCACCCUGUCGUGGACGAAGCAAAGACACGUGCCGAUUAUGAGAAACUCGAGGCGCUCGUUGACAGCCAUGAUGUCGUCUUUCUUCUCAUGGACACGCGCGAGUCCCGGUGGCUGCCCACGAUCAUGGGCAAGGCCAAGGGCAAGAUUGUGCUGAACGCGGCGCUCGGCUUCGACACAUAUGUGGUUAUGCGCCACGGCGCGACACCCCACGACGGCUCGGAAGAUACGCUGGGCUGCUACUUUUGCAACGACGUCGUCGCUCCCACCAAUUCCGUCAAAGAUCAGACGCUGGAUCAGCAGUGCACCGUGACACGGCCAGGUGUGGCAGCCAUCGCUUCGGCGCUGCUUGUCGAGCUAUUCGCAAGCAUCAUGCAGCAUCCGUCACGACACCACGCUGGCGCGCCGAAGACCUCAAAGCGCUCCAGCGAGGCGCCAAGCUACGAGCGCGACCCCGAAGAUCACCCGCUCGGCAUCGUUCCUCACCAGAUCCGCGGCUUCCUUGCCAACUUCCAGAAUGUGCUCAUCCACGGCAAGUCGUAUGCGCAGUGCAGUGCCUGCAGCCGGCCGAUCCUCGAUGCCUACCGCAAGGAGGGCUGGGACUUUGUCAAGAAGGCGCUCGGCGACCGUGAAUAUGUGACGGAACUGUCGGGCCUGGCCGAGAUCCAACGCCAGGCUGAGGCUAUGGCCGAGGCACUCGACCUGAGCGAUGAUGAUUUGGAGGAAGACGAUGGAGAGGCUGUUAUGCUGUAA